GAGCUCAAGCCGCAACAACAAAUUUCGGUGCUCCCAAGCUUCAUAAAGGCUAUCUUCGGCGUCGUUGGGAUCCAUGGUGGCACAGAAUCGAGUUGAUGUUGUAGCUGGCGGCUAGGGUUUGAAGUGGAGAAGAGGUCCGGCUGGUGGCAUCCUAUCGUCUAUUGAGGGUUGGGUCCGGUGGCAUCAUACUUGAUGACAAUUGAAAGUAAUUUUAAUCAACUUGUCAUGAGUAGUGAGUCUUUUAUAAAAAAUAAGCUGAAAUAAGCACCCUUUGAUGAGCUUAUAGGAUUAUCAUAAUCUCAAAUGCUAAAUUAUAUAAUUUUAUUAGAUAAGUUGCUUGUUUGUUUCCCCACUAGCUUAUUUACAUUGGAUUAUAUAAUCUACAUAAAUUAUAAUCUCAAACAAAAAGUCCUUAAUCAGAGAUCAGCGAGGUCUCACGAGUGAGAAGGCGAGAGCUUGUCCAAACGAGCAUUUUCGGGCGUGUGAACACCCAUUUCAGCAAAGCCGUCGUUGUCCAGUUCAGCGAAGCGCAUUCUGCGGCUUUGGCGUGACCCAUUCUGCUAGCUCAGCACUGAGAAUACGCGUCCGCUGCAGCGUUGGCGUACAGGCCGGACUACAUUAGCCAACGCGUAUCGGCAGUGGCAAACCCUCUUCGCUUCUAACUCCGCUGGGCCACCAGCUUUGACCGCCGCCUCCCUUCCCCUCCGCUACUGCUCCUCCCCACCCCACUCCCCCGCAGGAGCGGCGGCGGCGGCGGCGAGGUCGUACCCCACAUCGGCGAGCGGCGGCGGCACCGCCGGAGGCAAAGGCAAGAUGUUCGGGCGCGCGCCGAAGAAGAGCGACAACACCAAGUACUACGAGAUCCUCGGGGUGCCCAAGUCGGCGUCCCAGGACGAUCUCAAGAAGGCCUACCGCAAGGCUGCUAUCAAGAACCACCCCGACAAGGGCGGUGACCCCGAGAAGUUCAAGGAGCUCGCACAAGCCUAUGAGGUUUUGAGUGAUCCAGAGAAACGUGAGAUUUAUGAUCAGUAUGGUGAAGAUGCCCUUAAGGAAGGAAUGGGCGGUGGAGGAUCCCAUGUUGAUCCAUUUGACAUCUUCUCAUCAUUUUUUGGACCCUCUUUUGGAGGAGGUGGUGGAAGCAGCAGGGGAAGAAGGCAAAGGAGGGGAGAAGAUGUAGUUCACCCACUUAAAGUUUCUCUGGAAGAUCUUUACAAUGGCACCUCAAAGAAGCUCUCUCUUUCGCGCAAUGUCAUCUGCUCCAAGUGCAAGGGCAAGGGCUCGAAGUCUGGUGCCUCAAUGAGGUGCCCUGGUUGCCAGGGCUCAGGCAUGAAAGUCACUAUUCGUCAGCUGGGCCCUUCCAUGAUACAGCAGAUGCAGCAGCCUUGCAAUGAGUGCAAGGGGACUGGAGAGAGCAUCAAUGAGAAGGACCGCUGUCCAGGGUGCAAGGGUGAGAAGGUCAUUCAAGAGAAGAAGGUUCUUGAGGUUCAUGUUGAGAAGGGGAUGCAACACAACCAGAAGAUCACCUUCCCUGGUGAAGCUGAUGAAGCGCCUGAUACUGUCACUGGAGACAUUGUAUUCGUCCUCCAGCAGAAGGAUCACUCCAAAUUCAAAAGAAAGGGUGAAGAUCUCUUCUAUGAGCACACCUUGUCUCUGACCGAAGCACUAUGUGGGUUCCAAUUUGUUCUUACACAUCUGGACAACAGGCAGCUUCUCAUCAAAUCAGACCCUGGUGAAGUUGUUAAACCUGACCAAUUCAAGGCGAUUAAUGAUGAGGGGAUGCCAAUUUACCAGAGGCCUUUCAUGAAGGGGAAGCUGUACAUCCAUUUCACGGUGGAGUUCCCUGACUCGUUGGCACCAGAGCAGUGCAAGGCUCUCGAGACAGUACUUCCACCAAGGCCUUCAUCCAAGCUGACAGACAUGGAGAUAGAUGAAUGCGAGGAGACGACUAUGCAUGAUGUGAACAACAUCGAGGAAGAGAUGCGCAGGAAGCAAGCUCACGCUGCCCAGGAGGCGUACGAGGAGGACGACGAGAUGCCGGGCGGAGCCCAGAGAGUGCAGUGCGCGCAACAGUAAGCAGACUAUCAUCAAGGCAAUUGGGAGGGGUGGUGCCCUUAAAGCAUGGGAGUGAUCUCUGGUUUUGCUGUCGCCGAGCUGGGAAAUAGGAAGCUGAAUCGACCUCGCAAGCGGGGAAUGUAUCCUUUUUUGCUGCAACAUAAAAAAUGCUACCCAGGCAUAGCUGGGUACC